AUGGGUUUCGGACAUAGAUGGAGAGCAUGGGUAAAUGAAUGUGUAAGUACAGCCUCUAUGUCGGUUCUAAUUAAUGGGGCACUGUCCAAGCCGUUCAAGAUGGAGAGAGGCCUAAGACAAAGGGAUCAUCUAUCUUCGUUCCUGUUUGUUCUUGUGGUUGUCAUAUUACAUAGGAUGGUGGGAGAAGCUGUCAGGAAUGGACAAUGGGUGACAAAUAUUUGUGGGCUACUAGGAUGUACUGAAGCGGUCCUGCCUGUAAGGUACUUGGGAAUACCCUUAGGAGCAAAUCCUCGACUAGUGAAGACAUGGAAACUGAUUAUAGAUAAGGUAGAAGAUAAGUUCGGUCUGUGGAAAGCAAAUGUACUUAACAAAGCUGGAAAGUUAGUUCUUAUCAAGUCUGUGCUUAAUAGCUUGCCAGUCUACUAUCUUAACUUAUAUAAGAUGCCAAAAGGGGUUGCAGAGAAGUUGAUUGCGUUGCUGACGAAUGGAUUUUUGACGGUUUAG